UAUUCAACUCUUCGAUAUUCAGGCUACUUCGUGCUCAUACUCUUGAUCCCAUCUAACGUCACUGGUGCCAUCAUAGGCUACAGGGCAUUUGGCGGAGAGAUAAACUCUCAGUCAAUGUAUUAUACCCUGGGCAUACUCUCCGCCGGCUGCCUUAUCCUGGGAUGGUUCAAUGUCAAGAAAAACACUAGGGAACACCGCAAGUGGAUGAUCCGUGGUGUAGUAAUAUUUAGCGUCGCUAUCACUGCACGACUGAUCACCCUAGCCGCCCGGCAAAUAGUAACCGACAUUGGCAACUACCACUCUGUGUUCCGAUGUGAUGAGCUCCGUUCCGUCCUCACCAAUAUCACAUCAAUCCAGCUACUCUUCCCCACAUGUGCCGGCGAUGGCGUUGACCUCUCUAGCACAUACGUUCCCGUUUAUGCUGAUGCCCGCGGAGAUGCUCUCCACUCUAUCGCGGCUACACGUGUUGUCCAGGGUAUGGCUCUUUGGUUCGCCUUAAUCAUACACAUCUUCGGGUGUGAAGCAUAUCUCCAAAUGACGGAAGAAGCAAACUAUCAACGGCGCGGUUUUGUCCUCGAGCCGAAGUCGGAUUCGUCUGUGAGCCUGGCCCCCUUUCCCGAUAGUCCGCUGUAG